UCUAAUAAAUUUGUUAGUCUCUAAGGUGCCACAAGUACUCCUUUUCUUUUUGCGAAUACAGACUAACACGGCUGCUACUCUGAAACCUGUCUCUUGCAACAGUGAGUGAUUUGAAUUACUCGAUUAUCUUUCUAAUUUCCCUUUGUGUCCAACUGUUUUUCUCCCCGAGUGCGUGGUCAUGUCAAAUAUUACACAAACUCUUAAAAAUGUUGUAUUCAGAGCUGUAAUAAAGGCAAGGCAACCUGCUAUUGCCCGGAAGGAGCAAGAGCGUUGUUCUUGUAUGACCAAGGUAUGAAAUCUCAUCCUCGUGUCAGAAAUGUCACUGCUCUUGGGUAAUGAUAAUAUUUUGGGCUUGGCGGGUUUAAAUACCUGUUUCUACUACUAACAAGGCAGCUACUUAGUUUCACCCACCACUACCAGAUGCUCCAGUCUUUUGCUGCAGACUCUUGCUUUUGGCUAUUGUACAGAUAAGUUCUGGGAUACAGUUGCUGUCUGUAAGGGCUGUUGCCAGGUAAAAUGGGAGAAUUGGGAUGUACAAAAUGACAAGGCAGUAUUGCUUACAGGUAAUUCUGUUUGUCAUAGUUCUCUUUUCUUUUGUCCUCCAUCUCUCCCGCCUUCUCACUUGGGGUGUUGCCAAUUAUUUUCUUUCAUCUCUGUUGCUAUUUUCCUGUUUAAGAAUCCACAGCACUAGAAUCUAGGUCAGCAAAGCCUGGAGCAACGGAUGUUCCCACAUUGCCCCCAGGAAGUCAUGCAGAGCCACUUCCAAGGACCAUUGUGGCAGUUAGGUGCUGCAGGAAAUAUUGCCCAAAGGGGCCAGAGCAGCAGCACCCUGGGGUGCUCUGAUUGGACCACUCUUACUUUUUAACCCUGAAGGGUGCCCCAGAAAGUUGUCUGGGCAAUCACACAGACUUCUGGCUCGCUGCAACUCCAGACCUUGCCUUGUGUCAUCUCAUUUCACUCUCCGAUCUUCAGACUCCAACCCCAGCCUGACUUCUACCCUGACUCUUGCCUUCUGAUUAAAGCUCUCACAACUACUCUGACCACUGCCUUGUAGCCGCCUCUGGACUCCACAACACCAGCCCAGCAGAACUGCCUACACCUUAGUAUCUUACAUCCUGUUUUAGAUAUUUUUUUCUCACUGGACAAAUCGAGUUUAUAUAUUGUCUUUGAUUGACGGACCUUUUGCCUCCAGCUUCCCAAUAGGUGAAGCCAUAAUACUGUCUAUAACAGCUAUUACUGAGUGGGAGAAGAGAGGAUAUGACAAACAGGUUUGUUGAGCCAGUGUAUGUACCAACACCAGAAAUAGCAAGACACAAGAAAGAGGAAGACAAACCUGGCUGCCUUGCAAAAUACUUCAGUGUUGUGUGGUGUAAAGCUUCAAAGAAAAAACACAAGAAGUGGGAAGGUGAUGCUGUUCUUAUUGCAAAAGGAAAAUCUGUGAUACUGAAAGAUAUGGAAGGCAAAGACAUUGGAAGAGGUACUGGAUAUAAAUCUAAAGACCUUGAAAGUCUUGAUGAAGGUCAAACGCUGAUGAUUGGAGGAAAAGAAAUUGAAGUGAUGGGUGUAAUUUCAGCAGAGGACUUUAAUAGUGGCAAAUGUUUUCAGACUGGUGUAGGGACGUCCACCACAGUCCAAACUGCUUCUUCACAAAGUACCUUGAAACCAUUCUGUAGCCCAUUCAAAAAUGUCUGCAAGCCAAGCACUAAAGAAAAUCUACUUAAAGAGUCCCAGAACUACAAACCUCGCCAUGAUCCAAAUGCAUCAAAUUCUUUAGUUAUGCCAUAUCCAACUCCAGAUCACCAGCGGAUGUUCAAUAAGGCUGGUUUACCUGUGGUAGAUGUAGUUGUGGAUCCUUACCUUGUAAAUCAUCUUCGCCCACAUCAGAAAGAAGGAAUUGUAUUCCUGUACGAGUGUGUGAUGGGAAUGAGAUUAAGUGGCAGAUUUGGAGCUAUUCUUGCUGAUGAAAUGGGCUUAGGAAAAACAUUGCAAUGCAUUUCGCUUGUCUGGACUCUCCUACGUCAGGGGCUCUAUGCAUGCAAACCUAUAAUAAAGCAGGCACUGAUUGUCACCCCUGGGAGUCUGGUGAAGAACUGGAAAAAAGAAUUUCAGAAGUGGCUGGGAAGUGAAAGGAUCAAAGUGUUUACAGUUGAUCAGGAUAACAAAGUAGAAGAGUUCAUCAAUUCCCCACUUCAUGCAGUUCUGAUAAUCAGUUAUGAGAUGCUGCUGCGCACCUUGGACCAAAUUCAGACUAUAGAAUUUAACCUCCUAAUCUGCGAUGAGGGGCAUCGUUUGAAAAACAGCUCCAUUAAAACAGCUACAGCCCUCUUCAGUCUGUCCUGUGAGAGAAGAAUUAUCCUGACUGGCACUCCAAUACAAAAUGACCUGCAAGAAUUUUACGCAUUAAUAGAGUUUGUAAAUCCAGGAAUACUUGGUUCUUUGUCCACAUACAGAAAAAUAUAUGAGGAGCCUAUUAUUCGUUCCCGAGAGCCUUCAGCAACAAAGGAGGAAAAGGAAUUAGGAGAGAAAAGAGCAGCAGAACUCGCUCGCUUAACUGGACUGUUUAUUCUUAGAAGAACACAAGAGAUCAUAAACAAAUUUCUCCCACCGAAAAAAGAGAGCAUACUUUUCUGCCGACCAACAGCCUUGCAGCUUGAACUCUAUAGAAAACUGCUUAGUUCUCGAGCGGUGAGAUCCUGCCUACAAGGAGUACUAGAAAACAGUCCUCAUCUGAUAUGUAUAGGAGCUUUGAAAAAACUCUGCAACCAUCCCUGUCUUCUGUUUAAAGCCAUAAAGGAAAAAGAAUGUAAUCCAACUUGUGAUGAAUGUGAGGAAUCCAAUCUUUAUGAAGGUUUAAGAGAUAUUUUCCCACAAGUUUAUACCUCCACCACUUUCACUGAAACUGACUCAGGAAAAUUACAGGUCCUGGCAAAGCUGUUGGCAGCGAUCUGUGAACUCAGCCCUUCUGAAAGAAUUGUGUUGGUAUCUAAUUAUACACAGACAUUGAAUAUUUUGCAAGAGAUGUGCCAACAUUAUGGAUACUCUUAUACAAGACUCGAUGGACACACUCCUGUCUCCCAGAGGCAACAGAUUGUGGAUAGUUUUAAUAAUAAAUUCCGUUCAGCGUUUAUCUUUUUGCUGAGUUCGAAGGCUGGCGGUGUAGGUCUGAACCUUGUUGGAGCAUCUCAUUUAAUUUUAUAUGACAUUGACUGGAAUCCAGCCACAGAUAUUCAGGCAAUGGCCAGGGUGUGGAGAGAUGGUCAGAAACACACUGUGCAUAUUUACAGACUGCUAACUACAGGCUCAAUAGAAGAAAAGAUCUAUCAGAGACAGAUCAGCAAGCAAGGCCUUUCUGGGGCAGUUGUAGACCUUUCCAAGACAUCUGAACACAUCCAUUUUUCCAUUGAAGAACUUAAAAAUCUCUUUAUACUACAUGAAGAUUCCAGCUGUGUUACCCAUGACCUGCUUGAGUGCAACUGUAUGGGAAAGAAAGACCAUCAAAAUCCUUCUUCAGAAAAGCUCUCUGUGUAUAGAGGUUGCCAGCUUGGACAACAUCAUGAGAAGGCUGAUUCAAAGAAACCUCUUUCUAUGUCACAGCUGAUGCAAUGGAAACACUUUUCGGGGCAGCACCAGACUCUUGCUGAUCCCUUCCUUGAAAGAAUAAAGACGAGUAUUUCUUUUAUUUUCCAGAAUGUAACCAAUCAGGCUACUCCCACCACAUAAAACUAAAUUAUUUUUCCAUCUACAUGAUGUGCCUUGUACUCACUGGUGCUAGUCUUCUAAGAAAAGUAAAGUAUGCGGUUGCCUUUAUGUUGCUGCCAAAACUCAGUUUAGGCCUUGUUUUUACGAGGAGGUUUCUGUGUAAAUGUACAGCUGUUGAUGUUUUUUGUAAAGUUAGAGAGAGACCAUCAGAUUAAAAGUACCUUAUUAGUAAAUAGUUAUAACUGAAAGAAUUUUAAAUAUUUAAUUUGCUUUUCAACACAUCUGCUGGCUUGGUAUAAUAAUUAGUAGUGGUUAAACUAUUUUACACAACCUCCUAGUUAGGCCCAAACUAUCUGACAUUUUCUUUCAAUGUUAAUAAUACAUUAAUAAUAAUAAUAAUAAUAAUAAAUACAGAGAUGACAACUUAGCUGGAUGUUAGAGGGCACAUUAGGCUAUAGUAUAUAUGUGAUGUUUACAAAUCUCUGACUGGAUUUGUCUCUGCACCUGUAAAGAUAAUGGGUCUGAUUCACCACUACGUUACUCCAGCUUUACCCCAAUAUAACUCAUGGUUUCAAUGGAGUUACCCCAGCAUAAAACUAGAAUAGCAUAGUGGUCCAUCAGACCCAGAUUCUGAGACCACAACUUAAUUGUGCUUGACCAUCUUUUAUGAGAAACAGCAGUGCACGGUGCAUUUAGUUGGGGAAAUUAACAUUCUGUGAUUCCCAGCUAUACUCAAUGCAGGUGCAUGUGUUUUCUAUCUAAAUAGAUAUCGUGAACAUAUUUUUCUGAAUCUCAAAGCAUUGCAUACAAUAUAAUUGCAGUAUAAUAUUAGGAUGAUAAUUUGUUUCUUUAUGUGAUCAGGCAUAAGAAUCUGAAAUAGCAAUUAUAGCUUUAAAAGUACCUUUUGUGGUAUCUCAGCUAUGCAAUUCCUCUCUCUAAGAAUAUUUUAUUCACAAAUGUGAAAAAUGGAAUCUUGUGAACAAAAAUGUGGCGUUAUUUCCAGGAAUACUAGAAGUGUAUAGAAAGUGAAAUCACUUUUAAUAAAAUUAAAAUU